AUGGGCACCCCGGGCAAGCGCACGAGGCCUGGCGACGAGGACGGGGGGGAUCUGGAGACCCUGAUGGCCGUGGAGCGCAGCCCGGCCUUCGACAGGGCGCUGGCGCGCCUCCUGGCGGCCCACCACGCCGGCCUCUCGGAGGCAAGGUGUGGGCGGAGCGCGGAGGCGGAGCCGUCGUCCCUGCAGGCGCCAUGGGAGGCAGCGGCGCGCCAUGGCGCAGAGCGCAAGGGUGCAGACGAGCCCGUGGGACCACAGAUGGGCUUCGAGGGCGAGCACGAAGAGGUCUUCAUGGCCGACUCCUGCUGCGCGGAUGGACUCGUCGGCGCCCACUCUGGCAGGGUGUCAGAGGAUUCCGACGAAACGGGCCAGGCGAGCCUGAGCAUGAACAAGAUAAUCGACGUCAUCCAGUCGACUCACCACAUUGCCAGGCACGGCUGUCUGAUCGAUUUCGUAGGUGGAGUCAAGUUCGAGGUGGGGAGUGCAAUUGUGCUCCUCAUGUUCUGUGUGGUCACUGCGUUCGAGAUGCAGGGGGAAGGCAUGAGUCUAGGGUACGAGUUGAGGUACUCUCGCUACGAGGACCCAGCUGGCUCAGGCUGGCCCGAAGCGACCAUCACUUUGCAGAUAUUGUCCAUCUGCUUCGGUGGUAUUUUCGCGCUCGAGGUACUGAUCCGGGUGUUGGCAGCAAGAAAGCAAUUCGUAUUCGAGUGGUGGAACAUCUUCGAUCUGAUUCAAUCGCUUCGCGUUGGUUUGUGGAGCUCACUGGCGUUGAGUUUAAUUCCAAGGUCGUGCGGCUAG